GAUUUCCAGCUGGUGUGUUCGUCAUUUUGCGGAUAAAAAUAAUAAAAGUGUUAAAAAGUUUUUGUAAAACAAUUAGAUAUAAUUUUUCAUUUUUGAAUUUAAUUGCUCGACGAAAAAAAAAAACAGAAAAUAAUUAGUGACCAAGCAAUUUUAACAUCUUUCACUUUGUAUGCUAACGUGUUAAGUGUUAGCGAACACGUAAUAUAAAUUUAAAUUACGAAAGUUUUAAGGAAAUUAUUAAACUGAAGUUAUAAAAACUUUAUCGAAAAAACCCAAAUAAACAAAAUGCGAUUUUACGCAGUUGGCGCAACAGUUGCGCUCCUGUUAAUUAUACAAGCUGCUGCUGGACAAGAUGCUAAUGUCGAGCCAGAGGAUGAAACACAAACGAUUCAGCCUGUAUCAGAGGAACCCAUUAAAUAUGUGCAUGUACUGAAUCCGGGCGAACGCGAAUAUCUCUCCCCCAACUUAAUCGGCGUACAGAACAUUGCAAUGACAUUCCUGCCACUCUCCAUGAAUUUCAUCAACAUAAUCGAUGCUUUUCGGGAAAUUGUAAAUGGAGUGCGCUACGAAAUCGUGCUGAAUGCUGUCAACACCGAGGACAAUAAUGCUGACAUUAUCUGUCGUUUGGUUAUACUGGAGAAACCAUGGUUACGCACCGAAUGGGGUGACAAAGUACGUGAAUUGCAACAUUCCAAUUGUACGGCGGAGGCUAUUGCCGGCAAUACCACCCCUCUGCCGGCCAACGAUGUCAAUGAUAAGUAUGUUAAAAGUACGGUGUUUAAUGGAGGUUCUCGCAAUGAACUCUCCGAUGAUGAUAUGAAACGUUUAGAAGAUCAAAUAUUUUCUUCUGCACUUAGUUACAAACGUAUGCCAGCGAAUAAGUUUAUAACACCAACCACAAGUACAAGCACCACGACAACAACAACCACAGAGAAAUCAAUUGUCGAACAGGAACAGGAUAAUGAACAUGAACAGCAAGACGUAGUCGACACAACCACUGCAGCAACAGACAAUGUUUACAAGAAUGGAGAAGAGGGUGACGAGACCUACUCCUCCUCCUCAUCCUCAUACCCGGCAAAUACAGAACAAACCACCAUAGCAGACGAUGACCAGGCAGUGGACUCAAAUCCCACUGAAUUGCCUCAAUACCAAAUAACUUCAUCAUCGACCACAGCUGUACCUGAAUUGAGUGCCGAUGAAAUGAAAUGGUUGGAUGACAUUUUCUCAGUUGGUGCAUUAAAUUUUGAAAACAAUUUAAGUUUGAUGCCCACAGGCGACACAGACGGCACAACCCAUGAUAAUCUUCAGCAACAGGAGCAGAUCGAAGAGCCAUUCGAGCGCAGAAUCAAACGUGCUGACAAGAAUGAAAUUGUUGGAGGCGUUGAAAAACUGAGUAAUGAAGAAGCUGAAAAGAAAUUGCAAGCAUCUUUGGAUAAACUAGCUAGCGGAGAUGGUCCCUCCUAUAAAAUUUCCAAAAUUCAUGCUGCCACCAAACAAGCUGUUGCUGGUGUUCUAACCAAAAUCGAUUGUGAUCUCAUUGAUGCCGAUGGCAAAGAAGAGAGAUGCGAAGUACAAAUAUGGUCUCGCAUUUGGAUGAAAGAAGCCCAUGAAGUAACCAUAAACUGUCCCAACAAGGAGCUGGUUAAAAAACGUCACAGUCGUUCUGUAGAGUAUGCCGAGAAGAAAACGCACAAGAAACAAAAUCAUCACAGCUUGAGCAAAGUGGAACAUUUAUUCUCGAAAUUCCAAAUAAAAUACAAUCGUCGCUGUCACACCUCCAUGGAAAGGCAAAUGCGUUUACGUAUAUUCAAGCAAAAUUUGGAAAUUAUUAGACAAUUGAAUGAAAACGAAAUGGGCAGUGCUAAAUAUGGCAUUACAGAAUUUGCCGAUUUGACUAGCACUGAAUACAAACAACGCACUGGUUUAUGGCAAAGAGAUCCCCUGAAAGCCGCUACAACACCUAAAGCUGACAUACCCGAUGUAGAGUUGCCCAAAGAAUUUGAUUGGCGAUCAAAGGGAGCUAUUACUCCUGUUAAAAAUCAAGGCAAUUGCGGUUCCUGCUGGGCUUUCAGUGUAACUGGUAAUAUUGAAGGUUUACAUGCAGCUAAAACUGGCAUUUUGGAAGAAUACUCAGAACAAGAGUUAUUAGAUUGUGAUACCUCGGAUUCAGCUUGUAAUGGUGGUUUGCCGGACAAUGCUUUUGAUGCCCUAGAAAAGAUUGGAGGAUUAGAAUUGGAAUCGGAAUAUCCUUAUCAUGGCCGCAAGGAACAGUGUCAUUUCAACAAAACUAAAGUUCAUGUUAAGGUCAAGGGUCAUGUGGAUUUGCCCAAAAAUGAAACAGCCAUGGCUCAAUGGUUGAUUGCCAAUGGACCCAUAUCAAUUGGUAUCAAUGCCAAUGCUAUGCAAUUCUAUCGUGGUGGUGUUUCGCAUCCCUGGAAAUUACUUUGCUCUAAGAAAACCCUAGAUCAUGGUGUUCUAAUUGUGGGCUAUGGCGUCUCCGAAUAUCCCUCGUUCAACAAGACUUUGCCCUAUUGGAUUAUCAAGAACUCGUGGGGCAGUAAAUGGGGUGAACAGGGCUAUUAUCGUGUUUAUCGUGGUGACAAUACUUGCGGUCUUACUGAGAUGGCCAGUAGUGCUGUAUUAGAUAUUUAAGAUUUAAGAUGUUGCUCAAUAUUAACGUAAUGUUUUAAAUACAAUUUUAUAUAUAAACGAAAGCUAAAACAGCAACAACAACAAAA